CAAGUGGGAAGACAUUCUGAACUUGAUAGCUAUUGGACCUCCCGACAAGUACUCCGCACGAAACGAGCGCAAGAGGGCGGCGGCGGCUCCGAUGGCCCCCAACAUGAGGUUCAUGCCGGGCCCGACGAAUGGGCGAUCGAACCAGAUUGUCCAGGACUGGGAGCCCCAAGAGCCAUGGGCGGUCGAUUACGGCGACUUCAAGAACAUGGAUGCCGACGCGAAGGAGGCCGUCAUUCAGCGGGAGGCCGACGAGAACGGCAUCGAGAAACCAAAAGGCUACACCGUCUCGUUCCAUUACAAUGCCGAAGUCGAAUAUCACCACUUCGGCAGCUCGCAUCCCAUGAAGCCCUGGCGCUUGACCCUCGCAAAGCAAUUGAUCCUCGCAUACGGCCUUGAGUAUGCCAUGGAUCUGUAUCAACCGCGACCUGCUACUUUCGACGAGCUAGCCAUCUUCCAUGACCGCCAGUAUUUGGGCUUCCUCCAGAGCAUCACGCCGCAAAACCUGGAUUCGGACCCAGAGAAGGCCAAAUAUCUAGAGCUAUUUGGCUUUGGUGGCGAAUCCAACGACUGUCCAGUCUUCGACGGCCUCUGGAACUACGUCUCUCUCUACAGCGGUGCCUCUGUACAUGCCGCCCAUAACCUGCUAAACCACCAAUCCGAUAUUGCGAUCAAUUGGUCUGGCGGUCUGCACCACGCAAAGAAGAAUGCUGCCUCUGGUUUCUGCUACGUCAACGACAUCGUGCUUGCCAUCCAGCACCUUCUCACCCAAAACCAGCGCGUGCUCUACGUUGACGUAGACGUCCACCAUGGCGAUGGCGUCGAGCAGGCUUUCGAGUCCACUGACCGAGUCUUUACUCUAUCAUACCACAAGUAUGGAUUAGAUAAAUGGGGUGCAGGCUUCUUCCCAGGAACCGGUAACAUCAAUGAGGUCGGCCCCACGGACCCAUCCAACCGUGGAAAAGGCCACACGCUCAACAUCCCGCUCGAAGACGGUAUCGACGACGAGCAGUACAAGUGGCUGUUCAAGACCGUCACAGGCGCAGUGAUCUCGAAAUACCAGCCUACAGCUAUCGUACUUCAGUGUGGAGCAGACUCGCUUGGCGGAGACCGUCUCGGCCGCUUCAAUCUCAACAUCAAAGCGCACGGCUUCUGUGUCGAACAUGUUAAGAGCUUCAACAUCCCUUUGCUCCUCAUUGGAGGCGGCGGCUACACCCCACGCAAUGUUGCCCGCACUUGGUGCCACGAGACAGCCGUCUGUACCGGAUCCGAGCUUCACAACAACUUGCCCAUGCAUCUGCCGUACCUGCAAGCCUUCGACGGCACCGAGAACGGCGGUGGCAUGCUCUACCCGAAUCUGCAUAACACCAAGCGUCACGACAACCAGAACACGCGCGAAAAGUUGCAGAAGCUCGUCGCGCACGCCAUGGAGAACCUCCGCUACCUGGAAGGCGCCCCGAGCGUUGUGGUGAACAAUCACGGCCUCACAGAGGAGCAGAUCAUGCGCAUUCGCGAGAAGGUCGAUCGUGAGAUGCGAGAGGAGGCCGAGGACAAGGAGUCGCGGGAGUCGGAGCAGGGCCGGAGACGUAGGGAGAGGAACACUGGCGGUCGCGGCGAGCACCGCUUCAGAUAGUUGUUCGGGCCCUUCUGGCUUCACGUUUCCCGUUUCGGAUCAUGCAUUGGCACGGAUGUAAUAGCGAGGCGUACGGAAGUUCGGUACGGUUUCCGGGAGAUGGGUAAGGAGUAUCCACGGUUCUGGUAUACCGCUUGGACAAGUGGCCGGGUUACUUACAUAGCUCCAAUAGGAUGCCUCUUAUAUCCUCCGACGUUUCAAAGGCUGUUUUCUGGCUUUUGGAACGUCAUUGGAGACCAAAGAGGACUUCUAAUAGCAUAAAACUCUGCAA